GACAGCUGUCUCUUCUCCCGUGUCCGUGACCUCAGCUGCCCUGAUUUCGCUUUCCGCACGUUCUGUCCCUCCGCGGCUCCGGUAGCGGAUAUCUUCCGGUAGAUAAACGCAGCUGAGCAGUGUUAGCGGUUUCUGUGAAGGUCGUGAGUCAAAACUGUGCUCCAUCAUGUCUCUGCCAAAGCCUGUGAUGAGAGGUCUGCUGGGGAAGCGUCUGCGGUUUCACCUGCCCAUUGCCUUCGCUCUGUCCUUAGUCGCUGCCGUUGCCUUCAAGUACGGUGUGACGGAGCCCAGGAAACAGGCGUAUGCUGACUUCUACAAGCAGUACGACAGCGUCAAAGAGUUCAACGCCAUGAGGGAAGCCGGCAUCUUUGAGAGCGUGCGGCCCUCCGGGGAGUAAAACCCACCCUCUUCUCCUCGUCGUUCAUUCCUGGCCUGAGGAUGAUUUCCUUCUUGUCCCCUUGGAUGUUAUUUACUGAUUUAGACGUGAACAUCGCUAUGCUGUUUUGUUCCUCUAAAUAAAAUAUUCUAUUAAUGUAAAAACC